GAAUGUCGUCCUGCAGCCCUGAAGUUGUCUCAGCGUGUUCGUCGAGAAACUGCUCCCUCUCAGAACGUUUGGCUCAGCACGAUUCAUUCGCUUGCAUUCUUCCGUGUGCUAACUCCAGAACUAGCAGAGUCUGCGCUGAAUCCAGACUUCGUCUCACAGCUCUUACAAUCUUCCAAAUCUGUCGGUGAAAAACUCUUCAAAGCAAUGAAGUUGCUUCAGAUAAGUUCUUGUGCCGAAAUUGAUCUUGGGAAGUCCUAUGCCGGUCCUCGCGUGGGACUCGUUGAACUCAGACGCUACAUUCAACUUGACGAUGAAGCGGUGAGUUGA